AUGCCACAAGAGACUGCCAUUAAAAAACUUCGCAACGACGUCGCUAAUCGAUUAAAGGGCGGUAUCACGAUUGUUGUAUUGGGUGCAUCUGGUGAUUUAGCCAAAAAGAAGACAUUCCCUGCCUUAUUCUCUCUUUACAAAGAUGGUUUCUUGCCUGAAAAGACAGAAAUUGUGGGAUAUGCUCGAUCUGAUUUGGAUACUCAAGAGUAUCAUAAGCGUGUCACGGCCAAUCUCGAAGCCGAGGACGAUGGGUCUAAAAAGAAGGUAGACGAAUUUAUUAAACUCUGUCAUUACGUCAAGGGCAAAUACGAUGAAGAUGAUUCUUUUAAGAAUCUUGACAAGUAUAUCUCAGAAUCUGAAGACAAACGUGGCCUCAAGGGUGAUCAAAAGAACAGAAUGUUCUAUAUGGCACUUCCUCCAAGCGUUUAUGUGCAAGUAUCUCAAGGUUUGCACAAGUUUGUACGCAGUAAGGAAGGACAUAAUGCACUUGUUAUUGAAAAGCCUUUUGGUAAGGACUCCGAGAGCGCCUGUAAGCUACUGAACGAAAUCAAGAAACUGUUUCCUGAAGAAGAGGUAUAUCGCAUUGAUCACUACCUCGGUAAGGAAUUAGCAAAGAAUAUCAUGAAUGUUAGAUUUGCAAAUAUGAUCUUUGGUCCUCUUUGGAGUAGCCAGUACAUUGACACUGUACAGAUUACCCUCAAGGAACCCUUUGGCUGCGAAGGCAGAGGUGGUUACUUUGAUGAAUACGGCGUCAUCCGUGAUGUCCUUCAGAACCACUUACUUCAAUUAUUUGCUCUUGUCGCUAUGGAACGUCCUAUCAAGCGUGAACCCGAGGCUAUUCGAGAUGAGAAAGUAAAGCUCUUACGAUGCGUAAGACCCGUCAAGAUGGAAGAUUGCUUGCUAGGACAAUAUGUCAAGAAUGGUGAUAAGCCCGGAUACACCGAAGACGAGACAGUAGCCGAUGACAGCCUAACAGCCACAUUUGCUGCUCUUGUCCUUUGGAUCGAUAACGAACGCUGGGACGGUGUUCCUUUUAUUCUCAAGAACGGAAAAGCUAUGGACAACAGCAAGGCAGAGAUACGUAUUCAAUUCAAAAAGGUACCCGGAAAUCUUUUCCAUGGUGUGCCUCGAAAUGAACUCGUUUUCCGCGUUCAACCAGGAGAAGCCAUUUACAUGAAGUUUAAUAACAAGGUUCCUGGAUUCUCUGUAGACAGCAUGAUCACAGAGCUUGAUUUAACUUACAAGUCUCGAUACGAUAAUUUGAAGAUACCUGCUGCUUAUGAAACUUUAAUAUUGGAUGUCAUGCGUGGUGAUCAUUCCAAUUUCGUAAGAGACGACGAAUUGGUUGCUGCUUGGAAUAUCUUUUCACCACUGUUGCACCAAAUUGAAAACGACAAGGUGAAGCCUCAUCCUUAUCCUUAUGGUUCCCGUGGACCUGAGCCAUUAGACGAGUUUGUAAAGAAAUAUGGUGUUGAAAGAAUUGACCAUGAGAAUUAUCAGUGGCCCAAGCAAAACCUUGAAGAAUAA